AUGGCUGCUGCCAGAUCCACCGGCUUCAACCUCAACUCACAAGCCAUGGACCUCGACGACGAGGUACCGUUCAUGGAUCUGCUCGGCCAGUACUCCGUCGGCGCGUUUGGGGAGGAGAGCGAAGGAGGGUGCGGGGCCAGCCGCUUCGUGGAGACCGGGCGCGGUGCUCCUCUCGCGACGGCGGGGCGCGGUGCUCGACGUAGGGGUGCGCCCACGGUAGGUGGCCGCGGGGCCGGGGCUGGAACUGUGACGGCGACGAGCGCUGGUGGACGCGAGGCCUUGGCCGCGGCAGCUGGGGGCGGUGGUCCUCUCGCCGCGGCUGCAGUGUCGGUGCCGGCGCCUUCUUGUGGGUCUUCGUCAGUAUCAAGGAGCUUCCGCCCUCCUCGCCCGGUGAUCAGUAUCAAGGGUACUAUCAGAGCCCUGAACGCGCUUGGCUUGGCUGCAUGCACGACGUUGGUGCAUGGCUGUUUAAGAGCAAUAAAUUGUCGACAUUGUGACAUCCACUGCUAUUGGCAAAGUGGAAAGGCAGGACUGAUACUCAACCCUUUUAAGGCCUCAACUUACCAGAAUGUGAAGUGCUCAACUGAGCUUGACAUGACAGUCAAUUGGAUACUGCUUGAAGCUGAUCCCCAUAUCUAUAGUACAACAAUGACAAUAGUUGAUUCUGCCACUACCUAUACAUUUAUUUUAUCUCUAGCAUUUCCUGCACUUGACAAGGCAGCGAGAACUACAAUGCUAGCUAAAGGAUAUACGCGGGGAAGCAUUAAGGACAAGAUUUGCUUUGUUACAACAGGUGAACUGACAGACUGGAAUGACUUACUAACAGUAGAGAUGAAAUUUGGAAUUUCUGCCAUGGUGCUACCAAUGGAGAAUGUGUUCUAUGCGAAUUCAGACGAUGAUAUUUGCUUGACAUUUCACUAUUUCAGCCAGAUGAUGACAGUGUAA